AUGACGGAGCGACGCUGGAGAAGUUGUACAAUGUUGUAUUCAACAGCCAUACUGAUAUUGGUCGGGGUUGGGCUCAGUGCUGGCAGCGUGGCCAAGGAAGUAAACAACGACAGUGCUGCCACCCCAACAGAUGCGGUGGAGGAGAGUAAGAGCGUCAGUGCUUCCAGUGACGCCGGGAGAGACAGACGUCAAGUGUAUCCUCCGGCCCAGUUUUACAGACCCUACGACCCGCUCCCACCUCGGCCACCUCAACCCUACCCCAGCCAUGCCCCACGCCUGUAUAAUGUCGCCCCGCAGCAGGCCAGACCGCAGAGGCCCAGACCGUACCUGGCCAGACCGCAGAGGCCCAGACCGCAGCUGGCCAGGCACUAUGAUGGGAGGUUCCCGCCUCACGUCACAGGGGGCAAGCCAUCGUCGUCCUGGAGGCCAAUUCUGACGAAGGCGCCUCUGAGGUCCAGCCAGGCCCUCUACACCCCCAGCCGCACCCCAGCGGUCACCCAUCCCUUCCUGGGCCCCGCCUCUAGCCGUCAGGUCACCCCCGUCCCUCACCACCUCCGACCUCUUCAGCCUCAACCUCCUACACUCGCAUAUGGAGCUCCGCCUCCCUACCCUGGACCAGGAGAGUGCCCGGACGGCCUGCAGUGUGUGCCGCUGGUGACCUGCGCUUCCAGCUACCGUGAGAUAGAGAACCAGCCCCAGCUCUCCUGCUCCAUCUACGGUGGUGCUGUUGGCGUCUGCUGCCCCGAACAACCCAAUAAGAUUAACCUACAUCAGCUGUUCUCGGAGGUCGAGAUCCAGGUGCCUGACCUGACCAUCAAGAGUGAGGUGAUCGACGAGGCUGUGAGGGCCGGACUCUCCGACCUGGAGGACCGGAACGCCCUGGAGAGGGAGCUGAGGGAGAGGGACAUUCGGGUGACGGAAGCUCAGGAUCCAGCGUUCUCGCAUCUCCAGUUCUUCAAGACCUCGCCCCUCGCUCUUAAUCUUAGCCGAAACGCCUACGUUCUUACAAGGGCCGCAGACCAUCUUAUGUCCAAGUACGGUCUGAACCCCCUGGAGGCCGGGUUUGGGCUGCAGCAGCUGGAAAUGUCCAACACCAUCAUCAGUGAGAACUGCCGCCCGGACCCCGUCUGUACGGAGAGGGACAUGUUCUACCGCUCCGUCGACGGCUCCUGCAACAACCUGGAGCACCCGUCCUGGGGCCAGGCCAGGACCGGCUUCCAGAGGAUACUUCCCCCACACUACAGUGACGGAUUGUUCCGGCCCCGAGAGAGUGUCGGAGGCGGCCCCCUGCCCUCCCCCAGGCUGGUGUCAUCAAGUAUAGUGGGUGACAUGGACCGACCCAGCCAUGACCUGACCCUCUCCGUCAUGCAGUGGGGGCAGUUCGUCAACCACGACCUCGCCCACACCCCCAUCAACAGGCUCGGGAACAUGAGCGGUAUCCAGUGUUGUAGCCCUGACGGGCGGGGGGUGCUGGAUGCCUCUCUCCUCCACCCAUCUUGCCUGCCCAUCGACAUCCCCGCCGACGACCCGUUCUUCGCCAGGUUCGGCCUCCGCUGUAUGAACUUCGUCAGGUCCAUGUUCGCUCCCCGCACCUCGCCAUGUAUUCUAGGAUUUGCCAAGCAGAUGAACCAGAUCUCCCACUACCUGGACGGGUCCAACAUCUACGGGUCGAGCGAGCAGAACUCCCAGCAGGUGCGACAGUUCAAGGGCGGCCUCCUGAGGAUGCAGGAGAGAGACCUCCUGCCAGCCGACCCCAACAUAGUGGCCUGCGUGUCUCUCAAGGAGGGACUGCCUUGCUUCAUGGCCGGAGACAACCGCGUGAAUCAACAUGCGGAUCUUAUAGCCAUCCACACCGUGUGGAUGAGGAUGCACAACCGCGUGGCCCGGGAGCUGGCCCGUCUCAACCCCCACUGGUCAGACGAGACCAUCUACCAGGAGACCAGGAGGAUAGUGGUGGCCAUCUACCAGCACAUCAUCUACAACGAGUGGCUCCCUCUCGUCCUAGGGAAGGACUACAUGGCCGAGAACGGAAUACUGCCGCGGCGGGAGGGCUUCUCCAGGGACUACGAUGUCAACAUCAACGCCGCCAUCUGGAAUGAGUUCGCCACAGUCGCCUACCGUUUCGGCCACUCCAUUGUCCAAGGUCUUGUUGACUUUGUGAACAAGAAGGGCGAGACUGAGGACUCGGAGCCGAUGUACGAGACCUUCAACAACCCGAGCCACAUCUACACACCUGGCAAGCUGGACCAGUUCCUCAGAGGCCUGGCCACACAACCCAUGCAGAAGGUCGAUAACUACGUCACUACCAGCCUCACCAACCGGCUCUUCCAGACUCCACAAGUCCCCUUCGGACUGGACCUGGUGUCCUUCAACGUCCAGCGGGGCCGCGACCACGGGAUUGCUCCCUAUAACGAGCUGAGGGUCGCUUGCGGACUUCCAAGAGCCAGGACCUUUGAAGAUCUGCUGGACGUUAUCCCUCAAAAGGUGGUGCAGGCCCUCCAGCGCCUCUACUCCUCCGUGGACGACAUCGACCCCUUCGUGGCCGUCAUAUCUGAGAAGCACAUCCGCGGCUCAAUCCUUGGACCCACAGUCAGGUGUCUGGUCGGUGAGCAGUUCAUCCGCCUGAAACGAGGAGACAGGUUCUUCUACGACCUGGCGGACAUGCCGUCUUCCUUCUCUCAAGCACAACUCAACUCUAUCCGGCUGAUGUCAUGGGCGCGCGUCCUGUGUGAGACUGGCGACAUGUUGGGCUACGUCCAGCCCCUCGCCUUCCUCCGGCCCCGAGGACUGAACGAGAGAAUUCCUUGUGACAGUCCCGGCAUCCCGGGCCUCGACCUCUCGCCCUGGACCUCCCGGGCUGACUGAUAACGGCUUCGACACCCGACACCCGCUUCAAGUGUUCCGACACCCGCUCCAAGUGUUCCGACACCCGCUCCAAGUGUUCCGACACCCGCUCCAAGUGUUCCGACACCCGCUCCAAGUGUUGUGACACCCGACACCCGCUCCAAGAGUUGUGACAAAAGACGAACAUAUUAUUGCGAUUAUCUGCAGGAAGUGCUUUCACAGUUGUGUUCCUGGCUGAGAUAAACAGCGCCGCCCCGCCUCACUCUGUUAUGUGAAGGAGCUUAAGGGCGCCAUUGUCAUAACGAACCUGUUUUAACAUUCAUAACAAAGCUCUUGUUCCCUUUCUCAGCAAUGUUAUCCAAUAACGUCACACUUUUCAUGUGUAUAAAUGAGAUUUUAGUAUUGAGUGAAGCAGCACACAACCACCCACACCUCAGAUGUACCAAACUUGCUCUAGUGCAUAUAAUAUUCCAGAUCUACGCUUGAAUGCCAGUUAUUUUGACAGUAAACACUACAUGACACAUCUUAUGAGUUGGUCCAUGUGUCCUGUAAGCUGCGGGAGUACAUGUGCAUGUGUCGUUACACUCGAGAGUGUGUUGGCUGGGUUCAUGAUGUGUGUUCGCACCAGAGGGUGUGGGCCACUCCACCUACACGAACACAAGACUCACCAUAGACACAUAU